AUGUUGAGGGACCUUGUAGCUCAGGCUUUCUUGAGUGCACAACUCUUCAAUUCCUGGACUCGACAGCCUCAACAGUAUGCGUUUCUUUACCCCAUCUCUUGCUACGCUCGCUAUCCUUGUGACACCGGCCCAGAUGCUCUGCGGGCUGUUGAGACAUAUGCUGGUGCUACUAGUGGCAAGUACAUCGUCAAAUUCAAGGAAGGCGUCUCUCCGAAGGCGUGGGCCAAGAGGCUGGGUCUCUCCAACGCUGUCGAUUGGAAUAUUAUCAAUGAUCUUGGGAGCAACCUCGAUACCGAUUCACUCAGCAGUCUCAGAGCCUCUGCAGAUGUUGAACUGAUCUCAGAGGAUGGUAUCAUGCACACCAUGGCCAUUCAAGAGGACGCCCCUUGGGGUCUCUCCCGGCUCAGCUCAUUGACGCCUCCUGCGAUCCAAAAUGCAGACCUCCUUAACUUCACCUAUAUCUAUGACGCUGCCGCCGGCGAGGGUGUUGAUAUUUACAUUGUUGACACGGGCGUCUAUGUCCACCACGGAGAUUUCGAAGACCGCGCUAGAUGGGGGAUUGCUGUUGGAAGUUACCAGCAAUUUGAUGGCCACGGACACGGAACUCAUGUUGCUGGAUCCGCUGCCGGAAAACAGUUCGGUGUGGCGAAGGCCACUAAGACUGGGAUCCCUGCACCGCCAGUCGCCUAUCCCCCCUUCCCCAUCCGUGCCUCCAUCGUCGGACUCACCUAUGAGCGGGGGUCGUACCAAUCGCUACCCUCGACACGCCGCGUCACCCAAUGCUCUCUGGUUCACAGGGCGGGCUGCAUGCGAGCCUCCCUUCCUAUGUCUGUCCAUCGCCCUACUGCAUCCCUCUUGUACAUCUCCUCACGCGCCGAGCACCGAGUGUCAAUUCUCGGCCCUCGCCUUUGUCGGCGCCCACUGCACGGACCUCAGGCAUAUCUCGAGGCCCAUCCGGCAAUCAUACAAUGGGCGCGGGUUAUUACAGAGGUGCCCGAACGAUGGCGAGCAGGAGGCUCCUUUCACUUUUACGAAGGUGGCAGAUCUUCGCGUUGGACAUCGCUACUCGCUGCUGGCAAAAAAGGUCGGCCUCAUCCCUGGAGCGGGGGGUACUACGAAUACCUACCCUCAGCGUACCUCGUCGCCCAGCACACUCUGGGUAUGACACUGGGCGGGCUGCAUGCGAGCCUUUCCUCCUGUGUCUGCCCAUCCCAUCACGUUCUCCUCACACAUCUUCUCUUCUCACGUGUCGAGCCCCGAGUGUCAAUCCGCGACGCCUUGCCCUUGUUAGCAAUGCCCACUGCACCGACCUCAGGAGCAUCUCGAGGCCCGUCCGCCGGUCAGACAAGUGUGGUCUUCAUCGGCAUGGGGUCUCGAUACUAUUGA